GCUUACAUAAAGGGACAAGGGAACCCCAGAGGCCACAGCGCUGACAGGACAGGGCUCGGAGCACCGGGCACCCAGACACCAUGACUUGGUCCUUGAACCCCCAGGGUUUAAUUCUCUACUUCUAUUCUCUUGUACUGCUCCCCGCGACGUGCCUGGCAUACGUUGCUACCAGAGACAACUGCUGCAUCUUAGAUGAAAGAUUUGGUAGUUAUUGCCCAACUACCUGUGGAAUUGCAGAUUUCCUGUCCACUUACCAAACCGGUGUAGACAAUGAUCUACGGAGUUUGGAAGACCACUUCGCAGGAAUUGAAAACAAAACAGCAGAAGCCAAAGAACUGAUCAAGUCAAUCCAAGUCACCUAUAAUCCCAACGAGCCACCAAAGCCAAACAGGAUUGUGAGUGCCACUAAGGAGUCCAAGAAAAUGAUGGAAGAAAUUAUAAAAUACGAGGCAUUGGUUGGAUCACACGAAUCAAAUAUUCGAUUUUUACAGGAAAUAUAUAAUUCAAAUAACCAAAAGAUCAAUAACUUGAAACAGAAGGUAGCCCAGCUUGAAGCAAAGUGUCAGGAACCUUGCAGAGACACAGUACAAAUACAUGAUACAACUGGGAAAGAUUGUCAAGACAUUGCCAAUAAGGGAGCCAAGGAGAGUGGGCUUUACUUUAUCAAACCUCUGAAAGCUAACCAGCAGUUCUUAGUCUACUGUGAAAUUGAUGGAUCUGGAAAUGGAUGGACAGUGCUGCAGAAGAGGCUUGAUGGCAGUCUGGAUUUCAAGAAAAAUUGGAUUCAAUACAAAGAAGGAUUUGGACAUCUGUCUCCGACUGGAAACACAGAAUUUUGGCUGGGAAAUGAGAAGAUUCAUUUGAUAAGCACACAGUCGGUCAUACCAUAUGCAUUAAGAAUACAGUUGGAGGACUGGGAUGGCAGAACCAGUACUGCAGACUAUGCCAUGUUCAAGGUGGGACCUGAAGCUGACAAAUAUCGCCUGACAUAUGCUUACUUUAUUGGUGGAGAUGCUGGAGAUGCCUUUGAUGGCUAUGAUUUUGGCGAUGACCCUAGUGAUAAAUUUUUCACAUCCCACAAUGGCAUGCAGUUCAGUACUUGGGACAACGACAAUGAUAAGUACGAAGGAAACUGUGCCGAACAAGACGGAUCUGGUUGGUGGAUGAACAAGUGUCAUGCUGGACACCUCAACGGAGUUUAUUACCAAGGUGGCACUUACUCAAAAUCAUCUACUCCUAAUGGUUAUGAUAAUGGCAUUAUUUGGGCUACUUGGCAAUCCCGAUGGUAUUCCAUGAAGAAAACCACCAUGAAGAUAAUCCCAUUCAACAGAUUAGCCAUUGGAGAAGGACAGCAGCACCACCUAGGGGGAUCCAAACAGGCUGGAGACAUCUAAAAGACCAUUUCAAAAGUGAUCUUUUUUUAAAGGACUUUAUCUGAACAGAGAAAUAUAAUAUUUUUCCUUUGGGACAAUGGACUUACAAAGCCUCACUUCAUUUUAAGAGUAAAAAGAACCCAUAUUGAAAACUUCACUAACAGUUUUAUGCUGGUGAUAAUUUAUCUACAUUCCAUUUCAAUAAACAUUUUGUUUCCUAAAACCAGAAA